AUGACAAUAUUUUCCUUGUUGGCACUUGCAUGUGUUGUGCUCUCAGCCAAUGCCACCAGCGUCAUUGACACUGUGAGAUACAACAUCUUUAGCUAUAACGUUGCCUCUGUAGAGAGAAAAAACGAUAGAGUGCAUGUAACUCUUUACUUUUACUUUGAGCAUGACAUAGAAACUCAGCUUUUCACCAACAUUGGUGCAGGAAUAUUCGGACUCCUGGUGCAGCCUCCAUGCUAUCUAGAGCUUAUCAAGGAAGAUAAAGCAUUCUCUAGAAUUUCAUCCAUACCUGAACCUUCUGAAUUCUCCAAAUUUUGGGGUAUAAAGUCAUAUACUGACAAAAUAUCACAGAAAAACAACUGCAAGGCCGACAGCUUUGUUGACUUUCUUAAAAGGGGUUUUGAGCCAAGUUAUCAGUAUGAAGCCGGUAUUUUCGUACACGGGACAAAGGACCUAGAAGUACUUCCUGAUGUCUCAAAUACAAAGAAUCUUGGCGUUCAAAACAUAUGUACUUUGGGGUACCAUUACAGAAUCCCCGGAGGUCUCUACAGCUGGACAGGUAUAUACAAACACAGAAUAUGCUCUAGAAAUACAACUGGUGUUUUUGGAUAUUACAGCGACUGGAUUGUCGCAUUGAUUGCCGAAAAUGCAAUGAGUGAAACAAGGGAAGAAGAUUUAAUAUGUUUUGCAAGCGACCCUCUCAGUGCCAAAAUCAUGCUAUCAAAGAUUAGUAAACACAAACACAUUUCUCUGUUGAGUUGUCUCGGUAUGGGAGAUAUGUUAUACGCUGGGAAUGAUCCAAGCGUCCUCCCAGAUAUUAAAAUGAAGGCCAGAUUUGUGCAAAACCCAGAAGCCAAAGAAAAGCAUGUUUAUGAGAUUAAAUUUAAAAUUGAUCAAAGUCAUAAUGUUCAUAAUAUAAAGGGUGAUACAUACAAAUUAAUUCUCACUUGUUCUGAAUUAAAAAAGGAUUCAACUAGUGUAAUUGAAAUAUAUGGCAAAUCUAAAAAAACCUUCACCUAUACGUAUUUAAAGGAAUCCAAUAGUUAUGACAUCAGGCUUGACAGGAGUGAAAUUGAUAUUGAUGUUACGUAUACUAUAAUGGUUGACUUUACAAAGUUACUGGAGUUAGAUACCGCUAAAAUCCCACCAAUGAUCGAUUGGAAACUUGAUAUCUUUCUGAUUUCUACUGGAAAACAUGCUAAAGAGUUGACUGAAGAAGAAAUAAGUAAGAUGGAAUUUGAUCAUCUAGGGGAAAAUGUUGACAUAGAUGCCUAUAAAAAGGAAAUAAAGACCUGGUAUAAAAAAGUAACACAAAAUCGUGUGUCCGAUAAGAUUACAAAAGUAGGAUCUGGAAGUGCCACAGUUGAUUUGUCAAGGGGAUAUGUACAUCUUCCUAUGAAAAUCACCAAGACAAAGGGCUCUUACCUACUUAAAGUCUAUCUGGAAAACAAUACAAAGACCAAAAAUAAAAACUUCAUCCUUACCAUUAGGUCUCCCGGUAAGAUAGAUGGUGAAAUUCUCCCAGUAAAUCCAUUGAAACCAAGCAUAUAUGAAAUUACAGACGUGCCAAAAUACUACCAUGCAGAAGUUAAAAAGAAUGAAAUAAACGUUAGGUUAUAUCUUAAUGACACCAAAUCCAAGGAUCUUUCUGAUAAGUCAUACUUUGAGAUUCCGCUAUACUUUUCCUCAAACAUGUAUUUUGAGGAAUUUGUCAAAAUUAUGAGCCAUUUUGAUGUAAAACUUUACAAUGAGGAUGAUAAAAUAGACUUGCCUGUUCUUAGUAUAAAAGUCAUUGAGGAUCUACCGCCUAUAGAUAAAGAUGAUGGUUUCUUUUUAGAAUUGGAGUCUUCAUUGAGUGGACCAUACAUUUCACACCAACAAGGUAAAACCACAAUUAUCAUGAGUAUAUUUGGACCAAUUCAUAGCAGGAUGCUUCUUUCUAUUAUAUUUGACAAACACAAGGUUUCAGAUGAUACAUUCUCCGUAAAUGUUACAUCCAAAUUUAUCUUGAAGAGCAGAGUAAUACAUGUAGAAGAUUCCAAUGAGUUAAUCAUAGUAAUGGAUUCUUACACAACUGUAGACGUUGAUGAUAUGCUAUUUGUGACCAUAACUUGCAACGAUAGUCAUCCAAUAAAGACUGACAAACUUAAGAUAACUCUUUUAUCCGAACAACUUAAUUACAUGGACGUCCUCAGGGAGUUUGUUGACCAAAAGGAAGAUAUCAAAUACAAUUGGAAUUACGUGUCAAUGUAUGAAGUAGUUGAUAUGGAAUAUAUUCUUGAAAAUCCAAUUGUAACAUCAGCUUGUGUAUCUAAAACGAACAGAUUAGUAUCAUCUCCAUUUAGAAACAACAACACUGGAACAUAUAUACUUACGAGAAUUCAUGAUUGUUCUCGUCCAUGGAUGCCCAUUCUUAUAUCAAACCCUGAUGAGGUUUCUCUUAAUGUAACUCACAAGUCUACCACAGGAGUAAUAGGACUAUUUGAACUUCUCAAUAUGAAAAGGAGUGGAACUAAUAGUGUAGAAGCAUUCUUAAUUGAGAACAUGCAAUUUCUUGAAUAUACUUUACAUAUUCUCUUUGAUUCCAAAGCGGUUAAUUCAAUUGUAAAGCAACUUGGAGAGAGCAGGAUCUGUGAAUCAAAUGAUGCAACAUGCAAUGAAAGCUACAAAAUGUUCACAAUAAAGUACUUUUUAACAGACUUUUUCCGAAAAUACAAGUCUGAUUUAUUCACCAGGGUGAACUACAGUUAUUAUGACGACCAAAAUAACAAUGUCACAAUUUGCAGCCUUGAUUUGAAAACAGACAUGGAUCAUCGAUGCAGGACAAAGGUAACUGAUGUAACAUCCCAUAAGUUGGCCUUCGAACAUGUUCUUGAUAACGGUUUUGCUCAUGUUAAUCCGGAUAGCAUGACUGAAUCAUUUUCUGUGGUUGCGCUCAUUGGUGAAGAUGCAGUUGAAAAACUCCGGGGACAGUUGAAAAAGUAUGAGAAGCCAAGUGAUCCAUCAUCCAAUAAUGGGAAGCUUCUUCAUCCCAUAUUUAUAAAUGUAAUUCCAAUGGGUGUUGAUAGUAUGUUUGAGUUCAGCGGAGCGAAAAGUGCAUUAGGAUUAACCGUACCAAAUGUGGUAACUGAACAUGCACUUGAAACAAAAGAUGUCAAGCAGCAACGAAUGAACACAAAUGUCUUGGAGAACGUUUAUAAUGGUUUUACCUUUCAACAUCCAGAUAACGCAGCUGCAGAUAUAUUAUCCCCGAGUACAGAGGGUAAAAGUGCGCUAAAGGGAGUUGUGGCUUAUGAACCAACACAACGCCAGACUAAACGUGAUACAUAUGAGAUAUUUUUUGGCUUUAAUACUGAUGGUCAUCAAGAUCCUGAUGGUAACACAUAUCCGGUUCAUAGGAAGUUGUUUGAUGCUAUAGUUCACGUCGAAAACACCUUUUCUAAAUCUCACUAUGUGUUUUCUACUUGUGCACAUUUCCCUGGAAUAAGAGAAUCUGUAGGUGAAUGCAAGUAUACUUUGUCUUACAAGGGCUCUGAGCUUCAAACCUUUGAGCUUAGUGCUGGUGACCAAUCCAAAUUUGGUGAAAAACAAACUUGUAAUGUAUUUUCAAUAUUUAAAAAUGUACCAGCGACACUCCACUCAACUAUAGAACAUACUGCAACAACCCAAUUGAAUAUCUAA